AGGUAUCCUCCCUGGCGGCGGGCCUCUGGCCCCUCUGGGGGCCGCGGCCGGGCCAUGGCCUUCGCGCCCGCGUCCGGGUCGGUCGUGGUGUACCAGGGCAGCUCGGCAGGCGCCUCGUCGCCGAGCGGCUCGCCCGUGCGCGCCUUGGCGGUCGUGGUGGCUGGCCCCCUGCCGAACGGCACCUACGACCUGGACUGCGCGCGCGGCGUGGUCGCGGGGGAGCUGCUGCCCGCCGCGGGCGAGGCGGUGGAGUACCACAGCUCGUCCCUGCAGGCGUGGAUCCCAGGGCGCGUGCUGCGACCCGGCGCCGCGGCGGGCACCCUGGACUUGGACUGCAAGGAGGCGGCCGACCUCCGGCGGGUCCGGCUGCUGCAGGCGCCGCCGUCAAGCGCGGCGGGCGCCAGAGACGCGCACGCGCCCGCGGCGGCAAGCGGCGUCGGCGGCGGCGGGCCGCCGAAAUUGCAGCCGGGCGACCACUGCUUCUACAGGAGUUCCACCCACGGCUGGCUGGCCGCGCAAGUCCAGCACUUCUCGGCAGAGGAUGGAGGAGAAGCAGCACCAGCAGCAGGAUGGGACCUACGACCUCAGCGUGAAGCCUCGCGUGCGACCCGAGAACAUUCACUGCAUCCAGGAGGGCUCCGUCGUGGAAUACCACAGCGCCUCUCAGCGCAGCUGGAUCCCGGCCACGGUGCUGCGCCGGGGCCUGGGCCCCGAGACCUUCGACCUCGACUGCAAGGAAAAGGCGAACACGGCACACGUUUCAGUUCCGCCUCGGAUCCUGCCCCCGGACGUGCCGCCGUGGCGGGGCCGGCGGCGGCCGGCCUCGUUUGCCGCCGCUGCGCGGCACUUGCCACGCGGGAGGUGCGGAGCGUGCAGGGGCUCCUGGGCAGAGCUCAGCAGGUGAACAUCACCCGCCUGCGUCCGCCGGCCGACCUGCCGCCCAGCUGCACUCGGGGCUCGGCGCCCGUGCAGCCGGCCGCGCCCGCGCAGAAGGGAAAGGCAAGGCGGAGGCUCUCCGAAGUUCUGUCCGUCCUCUGGGGACUUUCUCGGGCCAGACGAAAGGGGGAGAUAGGGAAAGGGGGGG